AUGAAUUAUAAGCCGAAUUUGAAGAUGGAUAGUACCUCUGGGUCAUUUAAAAAACAAGAAUAAACUUUAUCCUUAGAAAGCACUUAAAAGUCAGAUUUUUCUACUAUUAAUUCAAAACCCAAUUUUGCCAGCAAACCAACCUUCAAUAUUCGCAACCGUUCCACUCAACCAUAAGAAUAAGAACCUUAGUUAACUAGCACUAAAGAAGAUUUCUUUAAAACAGGUUCAUUUUAAGAGAAGGUACCUCUUAAAGAUAGAAUCUAACGAUCAGACGAAAAGAAAAAUACAGCCCCUAUUAAUUAAGGACUUUAUUUACCUGGUUAAGAGGAGCUAUUUAGGAAAUAAAUUUAAGUUGAAAAGAGAGAAAUAUAAUAAACAUAAGAAAAAAAGGAAGUUUAAUAGGUUAAACAAAGUUAAUCAGAUUCCUAUAUGCCAUCAAUAGGUAAUUAGAAUAAAAGAGAAGCAGCAUUAUUAGGUUCAAAAAAUCCAAUUGAAAAUAAAAUUGCAAUUGCAGAUCAAGCCAAAGUGCAAUAACAACUUGGUAUUGAAUAUGGUAAUACAAUUAGAGGAAGCAGAACCAAUUGAAGAUCUUGAAUUAGUUCUUUGUCCUGAGGGUUGUGGAAGACAAUUUAAAUAAGAUGUUUUAGAAAAACAUACUAAAGUGUGUAAAUAGGUAUUUCAAUAGAAAAGAUAAGAAUUCAAUUCCAAAUAAGCAAGAAUAGUGUCAAAUGAUUAAUAAAAAUUAUAAAGACAAGGUUAAAUAAAGGAGAAAUAAUUAUAAAAGAAAUAGGGAAAAGCUCCACUUGAUCCAAAUUGGAAAAAACAAUCUGAAGAAUUGCGUAAUAUAAUAAAAGAAUAGAAGUAAUAGCAAUGAUUAUUUAAUGAUUAAUAAUACAAUCAAAUCCCUAUUUCAUUCUUCUAAGACAGCACAAUCCUCAAAUCAAUUUCACAAUAGAUGUGUAUGUGAAAUAUGUAAAUGUGGAAAACAUCAUUGUCCAAUUCACACUGAUAAUAUGCAUGGUGAUUUCUAAUCAACAUUCUAGUAAAAUAUAAUAAAUUAAUUAUAGACAUGACUAUUAACCUUGGAAAUCAAACAAAUAAAAGCCAUUCAAUUAUGAUAGAUAACCAUAAUAACAUUCAUAUGAUCCAUCCACUUUAAUGAGUUAAUAUUAAAGUGAAUACAUAUAGAGACCUUUACCUGAAAGAGAAGCAAGGUAAUUACCUGAAUUACAACCUUCUUAACCAUUUACUAGUUUAUCAGACUACUAAACUAAUUAUUAGAAGUAUAUCAGUUACUAAAUAGAUUUCCAUUACCAAUGAAACGUUCUAUAAUAAAAUAGCCAUAUAAGUCAGCUCCUAGACAAGUACCAUGGAAUACAACAUAUGGUGUAGAUUUUAUCUAAAAACCUGUCGGUGGAUCUGAAUAAUUCAAACCAUUAGUAAAAGAUGGUCCAAAUGUCAAUGUUGAUUUUGGAUCUACAACUUAUAAGACAUCAUAUGUUCCAAAACCAAUAAGCAAAUAAGAUAGAUGUAGAGAUCCAGUUUAACGUAAUAUUAAUGGAGACCCAGGACAAAUUGGAAAUUCAACUUAUUAAAUGGAUUAUACAGAAAAAUAAAGAGAUGAAAAUUACUGUCCUGUCCUUGCAUUACCUAGAAGACCCAAUUAAUUAAAAGGAGGAAAAUCACAUUUAAAUUAUGAUGCUGUUAGAAAUAGAUGGGUUUGA